GGAAUCUAUAUCGGAGGCAAGAUGAUAGGAAGCUAUUCUCAAACUGUGGGACCCAAGUCACGCGGUCCGACGACGUUACCGCUAUCUCUAUCAAAGCAGCCGGCGUGCAAGGACACGAGAUGGGAGGACCCUUCUCGAGCUUGCCGAUUUGGGGCGCUCAAGAAGCAUCCGUGAGCCUAUUUAUACGAGGUUCGUGCGAGGGGACGUCGGCUGCCCUGCACUUGAAAGCAUGUCACCCAGGCUCGGUCGAGCUGCCAUUCUCUGUGCAGCAUCUGUCCUCGCGGCCGUCGUUCACGUCGGCGCGCUCUGGCCGCUCCCUCGCAGCAUCGAGGAAGGCACAGAUGCCCUGCGUCUUGCCGACACGUUCAGAAUCUCUCUCUCGUCCAGUAUAGCCGAUCCUCCUCCAGACUUGCUCAAGGCGAUCGCGAGGACUCAGACCUAUCUCUUCACUGACGACCUGGGAAGGCUCGUCGUGGAUCGCGGGGCGGGAGAUGUCAGCACGUUCGAGACGGCAGCGUACCUAUCGGAGCUAAUACUAUCGCUGGAGCCAGGGUCGACUGUGCUCUCCAUUACUGCCGAGGCGCAGAAAACACUCGCAGAGCGAGAUGAGAGCUACAGCAUGGCGAUUCCUUCCAAUGGUUCCGCCGCGACAAUCACUGCUAGUUUGACGUUGGGGCUCUUUCGAGGCUUGACGACUUUUGGUCAACUGUGGUAUGAGUACGAUGGCACCAUCUAUGCGUUGAACGCGCCCCUGCAAAUUGAAGACUCUCCUGCAUAUCCUUACCGAGGGCUUCUCUUGGACACGGCGCGGAACUAUUUCCCGGUAUCCGACAUCUUGCGAACCCUGGAUGCGAUGAGCUGGGUAAAGAUCAACCAAUUCCAUUGGCACGUCGUCGAUAGCCAGAGCUUCCCACUCACAGUGCCUGGGUACACAGAGCUCGCCGCGUACGGCGCCUAUUCGCCACAAAUGGUCUAUAGCAUCAGCGAUAUCGAGACCAUAGUGUCAUAUGCCGGAGCCAGGGGCAUCGACGUGCUGGUCGAGAUCGACACCCCCGGGCAUACCGCUGCCAUUGCAGACGCACACCCGAAUUUCGUCGCGUGCAACCAGGCUCGUCCUUGGGCCGACUAUGCCGCUGAACCGCCCUCUGGCCAGCUACGUUUCGCGAACGCCACCGUCGCCAACUGGACGGCAGGGCUCUUUGCGGAGGUCGCGAAGCUGUUCCCGUCCACUAUAAUCAGCACGGGCGGAGAUGAGGUGAAUGCGUACUGCUACGAACAGGACCCCGAGACACAGUACGACCUCAACAGCACCGGCCGGUCAUUCAACGAUGCGCUGAGCGACUUUGUCGCUGGCAACCAUGCUGCGCUGAUUGCAGCGGGGAAGACGCCUGCCGUUUGGGAAGAGAUGGUCCUCGACUACAACCUGACUUUGUCAAAUGAGACUCUCGUCUUAGUAUGGAUCUCUUCGGACGACGUGAAAGCUGUAGCAGAGAAGGGCUUCAGAGUGAUCCACGCGGCGUCCAACUAUCUGUACCUCGACUGCGGUGCCGGCGAGUGGAUCGGCGAUGAUCCAGAUGGAAACAGCUGGUGCGACCCCUUCAAGACGUGGCAAUACACAUACACCUUCGACCCCCUCGCGAACCUCACCUCAGACCAAUACCCACUCAUCAUGGGCGGCCAACAGAACCUCUGGACGGAGCAAUCCAGCCCGUCGAACCUGGACCCCAUCGUGUGGCCGCGCGCCGCGUCCUCCGCGGAGGUCUUCUGGAGCGGGCCCGGGGGCAACUUGACAUCGGCCCUACCCCGGCUGCACGACGUGUCGUUCCGCAUGCAGCAGCGUGGGGUGAAUUCGAUCCCGCUGCAGCCGUAUUGGUGUGCGAUCAGACCGUUUGAAUGUGAUCUGACGUGGUGAUUCGCUGUUGGGUGUUAUGUACUGUAUAUGGGCUGUCGGCCAAGGAUUUGCGGAUCAAAGACCCAAUGAACUGAAAGACGGAUCGGGAGCGGGAAGCUAGCCACGAAUUCGCUAUCAUAUAUCGUCGGACGUGCAUGGACAAAUCAGUAUAUGUAAUCCUCGCGAGACGUUCCCGCUCAAUACCAGCCACUAAUUCUCCCGAG